AUGCUGGUCCAUAUCUGGAGUUUGAAUUUGAGCAGUUCAGAGAGUCCCAGUUUAAACCAAAGCUUCAAUGAAAGCUCUGAGGAGGACCCCCCGUUUCCACUGGAGACGGCGGGUCUCGGUCGGACUGGCCACACCGUGGUGGCAACUUUCCUCGGAAUCAUCAUGUUUUUUGGCUUCUUCAACAACCUCCUCGUGCUGCUGAUAUUCGCAAAGUAUCGCUCUCUCUGGACGCCCAUAAACCUCAUCCUGCUAAACAUAAGUGUCAGUGACAUACUUGUGUGCAUCUUUGGCACGCCGUUCAGCUUCGCGGCGAAUGUGUACGGCAGGUGGCUCAUUGGAGACUACGGGUGCCAGUGGUAUGGUUUCGCUAAUUCGCUUUUCGGCAUCGUGUCCCUGGUGUCCCUGGCCAUCCUGUCCUACGAGCGCUACUCGGCCGUGCUCUGCUCCACCAAGGCAGACGUGUCGGACUUCCGCAAGGCGUGGCUGUGCGUGUGCGGCACCUGGGUGUACUCGCUGCUGUGGACCGUGCCGCCCUUCCUGGGCUGGAGCCGCUACGGGCCCGAGGGCCACGGCACUUCCUGUUCGGUGGAGUGGCAGCGGCGCUCCACAGGAAGUGUGCUGUACGUGGUGUGCCUGUUCCUCUUCUGCCUGAUGCUGCCCCUGCUGCUCAUGCUCUUCUGCUACAGCAGGAUACUGCUAGUACUCCGCGGGGUGAGUCGUGUGAACAUGCUGUCAGCGCAGCGUCGCCACAACCACAUCCUGCUGAUGGUGCUGACCAUGGUGUCGUGCUACCUGCUGUGCUGGAUGCCCUACGGCCUCAUGGCGCUGGUGGCCACCUUCGGGGAGGUGGGGCUGGUCACGCCCGUGCUGAGCGUGGUGCCCGCCGUGCUGGCCAAGAGCAGCACUGUCUUCAACCCCGUCAUCUACGUGCUCUUUAACAACCAGUUCUACAGGUGCUUCGUGGCCUUCCUGAACUGUGGGGCGGAGCCUCAGUCCAUCCACCUGUUCAACGCCCAGAUGAGCAGCCGCGAGGAGGGCGGCACCGUGACCGCCGGCCUGGGCUUCUCUCCAGCCCAUGCCCAGAGGAAGUCCCACAGCCUGCGCAGCCACACCCAGACGCCCGUCCGCAUGGAGAGACGGGCACUCUCACUGGUCGUACACUACACUCCCUGA